GAGUUGAGAGUUGAGAGUUGAGAGACCGAGAAAGAGAGACUUGCGUGCACUGAAAUUCGUCUCUGUGAUACGGAAAAAUGAUCACCGUGCAAGAUUCUAAGACGCUAUUCUCUCUGCUCAACGCGGAUCAACGGUCGUUCGAAGAAAUCAUCUCGGAUUUCAUCUCUAAAUUUCCGUUAGAAAUGCAUUUCAGAAUCUGCUGUUCGCUCGCCGUUCUCUUAGAGGAGAAAAAGAUGCUCAAACCCACUCAACGUUUGGUGGCAUUUGCUAUUCUCCAUCAGACUUACUCUUCACAGCCAUUUUCAACAAAUCCAUUCAUUUCUUUUCUUAUAAAUGCAACAUGUGAUGGUGCGGCUGAGAAAAUGGAAAGGGUUUUUAUUCUCCAGUUGUUGGGGUCUGCUGGUGCUGGCAACAGCAAGGAGGUACUUAAUCUGUCAGCAGUAGAUUAUAUCAAAGGAUUUGAUCCUUCAUCACAUGUUCUCCCUCAAUGUGAACAGCUGCAAAGGCAAUAUUGUGACAAAGUACAGCCAGAACCUUAUACUAGCUUAUUCAGGGCUGCUGCCGUCAAAAAUGUAGUUUCAGACCCAGAUAUACCUCGCGGUUGUGAUGCAAAUUCACCAGAGUUUGAAUUUACACCACCUGGCUCUAAACCAAGAGUUGGAUCUGGAGAUAGGGAUGAGACAGUAACUGGGUUGUUGCAAAAUUUGUCAUUGGAAGGAUUAGAUCCUCAGUGGAUCAGACCUCUUCCACCGAGACUCCCAAUACAAGAUGGAGAGCUUGUGUGGCUCAACCCUGACAAUAACCAUGAGCUGUUAUGGGACUAUGGUAUGUGUGCUGACACUAGCAGAGGGGCUGCAGUUAGGGAUCUGAUUGCAAAAGCCUUGAAGGGACCACUUGUGCCUGCACAACAGGAGCAAGUCUUGGUGGAGUUGGCAAAUGACCCGAAGCUUGUGUACCACUGUGGACUGACUCCACGAAAAUUACCUGAGCUGGUGGAACACAAUCCACUUAUUGCUGUUGAAGUUCUUAUAAAGUUAAUGAAUUCUGCUGAAAUUUCAGAAUACUUUACAGUUCUUGUAAAUAUGGACAUGAGCCUACACUCCAUGGAAGUUGUAAACAGGCUAACAACAGCAGUUGAUCUUCCCACAGAAUUUGUACAUAUGUAUAUCACAAAUUGUAUUUCAUCCUGUGAGAACAUCAAGGAUAAGUAUAUGCAGAACAGACUUGUCAGACUUGUAUGUGUUUUCUUACAAAGCUUAAUCCGAAAUAAGAUAAUCAACGUUCAAGAUCUGUUCAUUGAGGUCCAGGCCUUUUGUAUUGAGUUCUCAAGGAUUAGGGAAGCAGCGGGGUUGUUCAGGCUCCUGAAAACCUUGGAAUGAAAAAUCUCAAAUUUAUUUUGUUUUGGUUUUUGGUAUCAAAGUCAAUUUCCCCUCUCUUUCCUAGUUCUUCUCUGCUUCAUAUUUAAAGGCAUUUUGGAUGUCCAUCACCAAUCUCUCCUGUGGUUGACAAACUGAUAAUCUAUACAGAGAUGGCAUGAU